AAAUUAAUGCGUCAGGAGAAGAGACGUAGUGCGACGCCUUCACCGUACCUGAACGGAAUCGGAGCUGGCGAUGCCUGGAUUUGAUUUUCCAGCUAUUUUUCGUACUUAAGCUGUGAAUGGCGCCUAAACAGGACCCUAAACCUAAAUUUCAAGAAGGUGAACGAGUGCUGUGUUUUCAUGGGCCGCUGCUAUACGAAGCUAAGUGUGUAAAAAUCAGUAUCAAGGACAAGCAAGUAAAAUACUUCAUUCAUUAUAGUGGAUGGAAUAAGAACUGGGACGAAUGGGUUCCUGAAAGCCGUGUACUCAAAUAUGUGGACAGCAAUUUGCAGAAACAGAAAGAGCUUCAAAAGGCAAAUCAAGACCAUUAUGUUGAGGGAAGGAUGAGGGGGGUUGCACCAAACAAGAAGAUAGCUGCUGUGCAGCAAAAAAAUGUUGAUGUGAAAACAAAAAAGAACAAACAAAAAACACCAGGAGCUGGAGAAGGGACCAGCACUGGAGAACUUCCUCACCCUCCACGCAAGAAGAGGGCACGUGUUGACCCAACUGUGGAGAGUGAGGAGACUUUUAUCAAUCGUGUGGAAGUAAAGGUGAAGAUACCUGAGGAGUUAAAGCCAUGGCUGGUCGAUGACUGGGACCUGAUCACUAGACAAAAGCAGCUAUUCCACCUGCCCGGAAAGAAGAAUGUAGACACGAUAUUGGAGGACUACGCAAGUUACAAGAAAUCAAGAGGAACCUCUGAUAACAAGGAAUAUGCUGUGAAUGAAGUGGUUGCUGGCAUCCGCGAGUAUUUCAACGUUAUGUUGGGCACGCAGCUCCUCUACAAGUUUGAGAGGCCGCAGUAUGCAGAGAUCCUAGCUAACCAUCCGGACACGUCAAUGUCUCAGAUUUAUGGGGCACCACACCUGCUGAGGCUUUUUGUGAGGAUUGGGGCCAUGUUGGCGUACACACCUCUGGAUGAGAAAAGCCUUGCUCUGCUGCUCAGCUACCUGCAAGAUUUCUUAAAGUAUUUGGUGAAGAAUUCAUCGUCUCUCUUCAACGCCAGUGAUUAUGAGGUUGCACCGCCAGAGUACCACCGCAAGGCUGUGUGAACACCAAGCCGAUGAUUAUCUGUGGUGCUGAAAUUUCAUUACUGAAUAUUUUUUAUUUGUUUCUUUUAAAACCCCUUUCAAAGGGAAAAUCCAAAAUCCAAUGAAAGCCCUAGAACAGUUUGGUUGACUGGAAGGUGAAUCAAGACUGAUAUAACAGCCUACUGUACAGGACUGGUACUAAGGCUUAUUGGAAUGCUGCUGUCCCCAUGUUGAAAUAUAUUUUGGUUCGGAAAACACUGAUACUGUGUGGGUAAAGCAGAAUCAAGGUAAAUACUGCAGAAGUUUUUUUUGUUUGUUUGUUUUUAAAAAAAUAUAUAUAUAGUAUGUUUGUUAAUAAAUUUUCCUUCUCAAAUAUGACUCAAUAUAAUUUUUCAUGUGUGGAUUAUUAAAUUGUUCAAAUAUGUGUUUGCUCACAAUUUAUCCAAGGAGAUAAAUUGAUUAUAUAGAUGUGCUGUUUUUUUAAAUUUUUUUUAAAAAUUAUAUAUAUUAUAUAUUUUCACUGUCCACUUUAUUAGGAACCCUUGCACAUUUAUGCAGUUAUCUAAUCAGUAAAUUAUGUGGCAGUAGCACAAUUCAUAAAAUCAUGAAAACAAUGUUCACAUCAAAUAUCAGAAUAAAGGAAAAAAUCUGAUUGCUUUGACUUUGCUCGUGACCUGGUUGUUGGUACCAGAUGGGCUGGUUUGAAUAUUUCAGAAACUGCUGAUCUGGGAUUUUCACACACAAGAGUCUCUAGAGGUUACACACAAUGGUGCACAUAAAACCACAAAAAACAGAGUAGGCGACUUCUGUGGGUGAGGAUGUAAAAGAGGUCAGAGGAAAAUGGCCAGAUUGGUUUAAACUGGCCCACUCUUGACCUGUAUCUGCAUGUUUUUAUGCAUUCUGUUGCUUCCACAUGGUAGAUUGCU